AUGGCUGGCAACAACAGUCCCAAAUUACGGUCACUUAUUGAUGCCUUUCGUAGGGCUGCUGGUGAUGCGUCAACACAGAAGAACGCAGAUGAGGUUGCGUGGGCAAACGAAAUGGCACGUAUUAAUGUAGACGCACAAAAAAAGUGGAGUGAGUGUAAAAAUCCUUUUAUACCUGCCAUGUAUUUACGUAAGCGUGACCCAGCGGCAGAGGAAGCGUUAAGACUCCUGCGAGUUACAAGCAAAGCGUUUGAACUUAAUUUGCGAUUUAGAGAGAUUGAACAAUUAGAUGAAAUGCACGCCAAAUUGUGGUCCUUGUUAAGUGCAGAUAGAACGCGAUUGACUAUUACAAUUAGCGAAUACAUAGAAAUAUUGAACAAGUUUAAGUCCUGGCAUGAUCAAAGAUUUGAGUCAACACCUAGAGCCUCACCACAGCGAGAACUUUCUGUUUUUUCAUCUCAACAAGAGUAUCCAGAUGACACAACACCUCUUGGAGAUGUUUUAUACAUUGGAUCUGUAAUGCAACCACGUCCAUCACUGCAACUAUACCUUUCAUGUCCACGUUCUCCAACAGGUGGUGUUGAAAUUGCACAUAUUUACCAACGAUUUGCUAAACAAGUUUCCCUUGUUAAAUGUGAGGCAGAAUUAAUAAUGUGGGAUACCAAUAAUGAUGGUAGACUUACAGAAGAUGAAAUGGAAAGUUAUGUACGUGAUUUAGUACCUCGUGUUGAUGCACUACGUGAUCUUACAGAAGAUAUUUUACCUUUUUAUUGUUGUACGGUAAGUAGACGAAUAUUUUGGGCAUUAGACCCUGGUUCACGGGGUAGUAUUCGUAUUGAUGCUUUACUGCAAAGUCCAGUGAUGGAUGAAUGGGUGAGUUUGCAACUUAUGCGAGAGGAUCAACCACGUAAUUGGUUUAGUGCUUCUAUUACAUCAUAUUUGUAUGAAAAGUUUCUUCUUCUUGAUACACGUAAUAAAGGUACUCUUAAUGCAGAAAAUAUGAAACGAUAUAAAAAAGGUCUCCCAACUGUAAUAGAUGAUGGACUCCCACCAAAUAUUGGUCCUCUUUCAUCAUUAUUCAUUGACCGUUUCUUUGAAACAAAUGUGAUGAUGGCAAGCUCUGAGCUUGAUUUUCGAAAAUUUGUAGAUUUUGUCAUCGCAGUAGAGUUCCUUCCACAGUGUCAACGACCUUUAUUUUUCUGGAAUAUACUUGACAUUGAAGGAAAAGGAGUUCUUAGUCCUGUUCAUGUCAAUUACUUUUUUCGGGAAACGCAUAGUAAGUUGGUGGGUGCUGGUUUAGAAGUCCCCUCACGUGAGACUGUUGUACAAGAGGCAUUUGAUCUUAUCCCAACAGCAGAACCAUUGAGGAUUACUCGGGAAGAGUUUAUUAAUGCCCCACAAGCAGGACUCUUCGUUGCUCUCAUUAUUGACUGUUUGUCUUUCUGGACCUACGAGAUUCGUGAGCAACGUUAG